AUGACUUCUGACGGAACAAACCUGAAAGACAAACAGUCGAUGGAUCCCAAGACUCAUCAACACACACCGGAGAAAACACUAGUCCAGGCCAUCAAGAACCAACCGGGGGAAGAAACCAAGGAAGGAAGGAACGAAGGAAGAAACGAGAGGAGAAACGAAGAAGAAGAGAGCCCAGAAAAUCAGGAGCAAAGAAAAGACGACUCUAAAGAGGAAGAUCCAAGAGAGGCUCCUAGAAACGGGGAGAAUCAAGACGAUAGACGAAGCGGGCUCAACUCUAAAAGAGAAAAACGAAGAAAAAAAGAAAAGGAGGAUGCACCACCAAAAAAUUUGGAAGAGAAGAUUGCCAAAGCACUGAAAAAGCUGAAAUCUGAAGAGCUGGACAUAGACGACCUCAGGCUGAAGGGUUCGCCUCUAUUAGCUGAGAUAAUGGAAGAAACAAUUCCCUACAAUAUGAAGUUGCCCACCUUGCCAACUUUCAACGGAGAAAGAGAUCCGAGGGAUAAUACGUCCAGGUUUACCGCUACCAUGGGGCUUUUUAAGCGUCUCAGACACAAUCUUGUGUCGAGUAUUCCCGACCACCCUCACAGGAACCGCUCAAAGAUAGUAUAA